AUGGCCAGCGUGCAGCAGGGCGAGAAACAGCUCUUCGAAAAGUUCUGGAAGGGAACAUUCAAGGCGGUGGCUACCCCUCGGCCAGAAAGCAUAAUCGUAGCCAGCAUCACCGCCCGGAGGACCCUGAACAACGGCACAUCAAGCUACCAAGCGCACAGGAACAAUGAAAGGAGUGCUGGUGCAACGUUGCAAGCCUCAAGUGCAAAUGGAUGCAGCAAGGUCAAGGAAAGCAAACAGCAAAAUCACCACAGACUUCGCAGAUCUUGUAAUUCAGCUCACUCUCCUCCUCCUCCAUCAAAAAGGAGGAAAAAGAAGAAGAAAUCGGAGCAGAAGCGAAGGCGGUCUCCUUCUUACAGUCCUGCCCCUGUGAGAAAAAAGAAAAAGAAAAGCUCCAAGAAGCACAAAAGAAAUAGGUCAGAAGCUGCCUCCACAAAGAAACGACGGCACAGCUCAAAAAGUCCAAAGAGGAAAAGGAAAGAAGACAAAAGGCAUCGGAGAAGGUCUCGGGCUGCAUCAGCUUCUCACAAAGGCCACAAAUGCAGACGUUCUCAUUCUCAGAAUUCAACCUACAGGUCUCCUAGCUGCUCCAGCAGUAAUGAAGGUCGAUCAGGGGCAGCACGAUGCCCGCGUGGCAGGUCAAGAAGCAGCAAUCAUGAAGCUUAUUCAAAGAGCAGCACAGUGCAGAGAGCCCCCGUCAGCAGCCGUUCCCACACUGGCAAGUCACCAUGUAAAAGCCCCCAGAAUAAAAACAGCAAAUCAGCUGGCAAAAUAAUAUACAAGUCAGGUUCUUCUGGCCACAAGUUUGUGAAGGAAGAAUACAGCAAGCCUGAUAAUGUGCCCAGCCAGAAUGGAACUUAUCAAGAUUAUGAUUCAGGCAAUGAUACCGCUUCACCCCCAUCAACCAAAGCUCCCUCAUCCAGAUUGCAAACCAAGGAAGAGAAGGGGCAGACGCUGAACCACCACGCAGAGUUAGGCCACCAGAUGCUUUCUCCAGGCAAACUGAAGCUUGGUGAAGCUGAGCCUAGUUCAGAUUCAGGGAACUCGUUGACAAGCUGCUCCUCUCCGUGCAAAGUUGUGGCCUCAUCUCCAAGUGCAUCUCCAGCUUAUCAGCUGGACAAAGGGACCAGGAGGGAAAUAUCUUCCCCACACAACUGGCCAACAACCUCUGAGAAAAAGAAAAGUCCUUCCCCUUCACCAACCUGGAGUUCAACUGGGAGAUAUCGCUCAAGAAGUGAAUCCCCGAGCAGCAGAGGGCGGGGCAGGAGCUCCCGCAGCUACAGCUGUUCUUCCGGCUCCCGCUCUCCCGAGUACAAGUCAACCACAAAAUAUUCCAGAAGCAGAUCACACUCUUCAGGGAAAAGGUCUUCUUCACGCUCUCUGAGUUAUUCACCUCGGUCUAGGAGGAGAAGCCCAGGAAGCAGUAGCUCCCGAUCGCGACACAGCCCAAGCUAUUCAAGAUACAGCCCAGAGAGGGACCACGAUCGAGGCCGGGACAGUAAAAAGUAUAGCUCACGAGAGAGGGAGUCCAGGCGACGCCGGUCUCGGUCCUACUCUCCAAUGAGGAAGCGCAGACGAGAUUCUCCAAGUCACCUGGAACCUCGGCGCAUCACCAGUGCUCGAAAACGGCCCAUUCCAUACUACAGACCCAGCCCCUCAUCUUCCAGCAGCAUCAGCAGCUACUCCUCCUGGUACAGCAGCCGAAGCCGGAGCCGGAGCCGGAGCAGGAGCCGGAUUCACAGCCGGAGCCGCACCCGGAGCCGGAGUUACUCCAGCCGGAGCCGGACCCGCAGCCGCAGCCGGUCUCGGAGCUCGGCAAGGGGGAGCAGCAGCCGCAGCAGGAGCAAGAGUUAUGAUUCAGCGGGCAGCUAUGAAAGCUUGAGGCGUUGA